CAGACAAUCGACUGAUUAAUGUGAUCUAUGCUGUGAAAGGCUGAUAAAAAGGCAUUCCCUAUGCGUCCAUGAAGGCAAUAUGUGCAGUUUCAUACCUCAAGGUCACCACUGGGGAUGGCAAGACAGAGGUUGGGUUUGCCCUAGGUAAGGCACGACUCGCUCCACAGCCAGAACUCACUGUACCUAGGCUCGAACUCUGCGCCGCAGUAAUGGCGGUUGAAAUGGCAGAGGUCAUAUGUGAAGAGAUUGAUCACCCUAUAGACAAAACUAGUUUCUAUACAGACAGCAAGGUGGUUCUUGGUUAUAUUCAUAACCAAUCCAGACGUUUUUAUGUCUAUGUAAACAAUCAUGUGUGUCGUAUUAGAGAGUCAACUACUCCAGAGCAAUGGCAUUUCGUUACGACCGACCAGAAUCCUGCUGACCACGGCUCACGAUCAGUUCCAGCUGCUGAGUUAGAACACACGACAUGGUUCACAGGUCCAGCGUUUCUCCAGUGCCCUUCAUACAUCCAUCUAGAGCAGACUGAUUACAAAUUGCUGGACCCAGACAACGACGCAGAGGUAUGCCCAGAGGUAAAGACGCUUUGCACUAACAUAACAAAGGAAGUUUUGGGCUCAGGACGUUGGGAGCGUUUCUCCACAUGGUGCUCACUUCGGAAAACCAUGUCAAACUUGAUUCACAUCGCACAAUGCUUUUCACAAUCAAACGUUGAGCCAAACUGUAAAGGAUGGCACAUUUGUAAAACGGCCAUCACCCCAGAACUGUUAGAUCAAGCAGAGACAAUGAUCAUUAAAAAUGUGCAGUUCGAAACAUAUGCAGACGAGAUAAAGCGGAUCUCUGAAAAACAGAACCUCCCUAAAAACAGCCCACUGGUAAAACUAAACCCUGUGAUUGGAAGUGACAAUCUGCUGAGAAUUGGUGGUCGCAUUAAUCGUGCGGGGCUGGGAGUAAAAGACACCAACCCUGUAAUCUUGCCAGGCAGUCACUACAUCACUACCCUCCUUGUGCGCCACCACCAUGAGAAAGUAAGCCAUCAAGGCAGGCAUUUUACAGAGGGCGCUGUCCGAGAAAGUGGCUUGUGGAUUGUAGGAGGGAAAGGAUGCAUUAGCAGAGUCAUAAGUAAAUGUGUGACAUGCAAGAAGCUGAGAGGGAAGUUUGAGGAGCAAUUAAUGAGUGAUUUGCCUGUAGAUCGCCUCCAAGUUGAGCCCCCCUUUUCUUACGUGGGCAUGGACAUGUUUGGCCCAUGGGAAGUAACUACAAGGCGAACAAGAGGGGGACAAGCAAACAGAAAGCAGUGGGCAAUAUUAUUCACGUGCCUGUGUACAAGGGCUGUCCACAUUGAAGUAGUGGAGGAGAUGAGCUCUUCAAGUUUCAUUAACGCACUGAGGCGUUUCUUUGCCCUCCGAGGACCCGCAAAACAACUGCGCUCGGACUGCGGCACUAAUUUCAUUGGUGCUCACAAAGAGAUGGCCACAAAUGCACCAGAGAAAGACAAAGUGCAACACUUUCUGCAGGACCAGAAGUGUUCCUGGGUUUUCAAUCCUCCCCAUUCUUCCCACAUGGGGGGAGUAUGGGAACGGAUGAUUGGUUUAGCACGGCGAAUACUUGAUAACAUGCUGCUGCAAACUGGUCAUGUUCAACUCACUCAUGAGAUUUUGACCACAUUUCUUGCAGAAGUCACAGCUAUAUUAAAUGCACGACCGUUGUUGCCAGUAUCAUCAGACCCAGAACAUCCUCACAUUCUCUCACCGGCGAUGCUGCUGACACAAAAGACUGGAGUUGUACCCACCAUCUGUGAUGAUGUAGGACCCAAAGAAAUGCUCAGAAGCCAUUGGAAGCGGGUUCAGUCCCUUGCAGACACUUUCUGGAGCAGAUGGCGCAAGGAGUAUCUGCACAGCCUCCAAAUUCGUCAAAAGUGGCACCACAAGAACAUUGACAUUAAACAGGGAGAUGUCGUUCUCCUCAAGGACAAACAAACAAGAAGAAAUGAGUGGCCAAUGGGCGUAAUAGUAAAGACAGUUGCGAGUGAAGAUGGAAUCAUCAGAAAGGCCGAAGUUAGAGUUGCUUCCAAGGGAAAUGUUAAGACUUAUUAUAGACCCAUUUCUGAAAUGGUUUUUCUGUUAUCUAGUGAUGUUUAGAUAUCUGCUGUGGUAUCCCUAAGAUACCAGGCG